AUGUAUUUGCUUCGCUCCGACGUCUUACCGGUCGUGCUCCUUACAAAGGUGCUCGUUGCGUCGGCGGUAGCACCACUUAUUCCUGGCGCCGCAAGCAACGAUGAAUUGCUCGACGCCUUUGGAAGUGUAGGCAGCUUCAGCAAUCUGCUGCAUCACGGUCUGCCGGGUCAAGUAGGGAUUGCAGAGGCCCAUCAAGCUUCUGCCGCUUCCCAGGGCAGCUUGACCGACCUGCUGCACCACGGCCUGCCGGGGCAGCCAGGAGUCGCACAAGCUGUUCACGCCUCUGCCGCUUCUCAAAGCAGCUUCAACGAUCUGCUUCAUCAUGGUUUGCCGGGGCAACCAGGGAUUGCAGAGGGUCUAGACUUCGGUCACGGUCUAGGCUCGCAACAGCAAGGACCGGAUCGAGCCCUUCUCCAUGAUUCUUAUUCGCCGUCACUUCACCGUGCUCCGGACCACAUGUAUUUUCCCGCAAAGACCAUAUGGUCGACCGAGCCGUGGCACGAUCAAGCAGCUUCAUCAGCCCUGUGGUCCGGCCUUGAACCUGCGGUCGACGAUCGCAAUCCGGCCGACCUAUCGGCGGUCGUCUUUGGUGCCCGUUCUCACCCGGCUCCGCAUGAACAGCAGGUGCUUCCGCCUGCCAGAGGCAUAAGGCAGGCUACUCCAUCCGUGCGAGCAUCAGCUUCUACAUCCGAUUCUGCGCCGCAGAACCUUUGGCCCUUUCCAUCCUCCAAGCUAGACAGGCAUGCCUUCAUCUCGAGCCUCCAGGACGCCGAUCCGAUGGAGAUGGUCAGGAGGCCAGUGCUGAUCGUAACCCAAGAGGAAGACCUCGAGGAAGAAAUACGCAACGAGGUGCAUCCUAGCCUCGAGCUCAAGUCGGUCUGGAAUGCAGAGAGACCCAAGCUGCUUCCGCGUCACGACUCGCACGAUGCUUUUGUGGACGCCUUCUCGUACCUGCGUGUGGAACACCUCGGCAUCGAGUUGAACUUUGGAGGCCGAAAGUUUUGGCUCAUGAAAGUGCAUCGGGUUCCGGCGAGUCUAAACGCUCCGACACUCACCGGGCUGUACGUAUGGGAGCUCAAGACGUUCGAGGGGCAAGCUGUGCUCGUGUGUCGCGGAAUGUACAGUGCAGGCAAGCGCUUCUGGGGCCACCUCAAGCAAUCUGCCGAAGUCGGAGCCAAGCAGAGCUUCAUGUUUCGCGCCAAGCAAGACCCGGUAUCGGGCGCCGACAUCUUUUCCGCAUGGAAGGCCAAUCCUAGCAACUUUGUGGCGCCCACCGACUCUCAACCAUGGCGUGCCUCGAUUGCCAACUCGGGACUCCGACCCGACCACUCCUCCCAGUUCGUGUAUCGCCCCGAUCCGUGGUUCCACCAAGCAUUCGCUGACUGGAUUGAUAAGAACGGACCCGCUACGUCGCGGUACCAUUUGGGACGGUCACUGGCGCUCGGUCCAGAGUAUUUGGGGCUCUUUUCGCUCAAGAUGCGCGAGUCGUUCCGUCGCCGUGUCGUCAUGACUGCAAUCACACUGGAAGGCGAAAUGUUCCUCGCCACCCAUCAUCCACCGGAUGCGGCAUUCCCAACGUUCGAUAAGGCUUUUGUUGCGCUUUGGUCGCGCCAGCAUGAGCUGGGAGCCAAUUCCUUGGUCGCAAAGGGGCUCUACCACAUGCACAGACCUUACUUUGAUGCAGCGGUCCGCAAGGCGGACGGAGCGUCGCGCGUUCUCCCCGGCCCUCGUCCUCCACCUCCUGCGUAG